AUGAUGCUGACUGCAUGGUUUCCUUUCGACGCAUCAGCAAGCCCACUGUAUGAACUUAUGAACAUAAUACAGGGCAUAACUUCAUUUAUUAUGGUAUGUACAUUUGCUGCCUUCCCGAGUCUGUACGCCACGCUAGUGUGUGUAGCCUGCAGUCAGCUGGAGAAACUCAGAGCUGCUCUCCUGGAUAUCAGACAGAACCACGUCACAGUAGAGCGGGACUGUGGGACACAGGCUGACCUACUGCAAGCACAGGGACAGGCUCGUGCCUCAGAGGAACUGUUCCGUCACAUGCAGAAACAACUGAACAACUGUAUACGUCACCAUCAAGAGAUAAUAAGCUAUCGUAAACGUGACUUCGAACACCUGCUUAGCCUGACGGAUUCCUUCACCUGGGAAGAACUGCCGACCAUAGAUCCCAACACUGGAUACGUAACAAGGGCUGGGUACAUUCCCAUAAUCCAGAAACUUACCAAAAUUUUACCGACCUUCAUACUUGGAUUCCACAUUAUCCAGAGUACUUUCAGGGUGGUGCUGUAUCAUGACAUGGUAUUAACGUCGUGGUAUCCAUUCGACACAUCAGAGAGUCCAGUGUAUGAAAUUGUGAAUCUGACACAGGUCAUAGCAUCAAUCAUCCCAAUUUGCAUGUUUUUCGGCUUCCAAAGCCUGUACGCCACGUUGACGUGUGUAGCCUGCAGUCAGCUGGAGAAGCUCAGAGCGGCCCUCCUGGAUAUCAGACAGACACACGUCACAGCAGAGCGGGACUGUGGGGCACAGGCUGACCUACUGGAGGCACAUGGACAGGCUCGUGCCUCAGAGGAACUGUUCCGCCACAUGCAGAAACAACUGAACAACUGCAUACGUCACCAUCAGGAGAUAAAACGAUAUGUGAAAGAAAUGGAGGACACAGUGAAUAUACCAAACUGUGGAUUAUUUCUAAUAUUGCUAUCAGGGAUGUGUUUUGGGGCCAUGUCCGCAAUCACGAGCUGGGGAGAUCACGCGGAUGUUUCCCAGGCUUUCGCUGUAUACAUCUUCAUGACGGGUUCUGUGUGUGUGUAUUGCUGGCUUGGAAACGAGAUCACAUAUCAGGCUGAAAGCGUGAGAGACGCUGCGUGGGGGUGCGACUGGGUGGGAACCCCUGUCCCGUUUCAGCGCUGUUUGGCCUUCAUCAUCGCCACAGCCAACAAGGAGUUCACACUCACAGCCGGGAAAUUUGUUCCGGUGUCAAACAAGACAAUGAUUAAUAUGUUGAACCAAUCACUGUCGGUCUUCAUGUUUCUACUUCAAAUGAAAGACAAGAAUGCAGACACAAAUCAGGAAGUAUAACAUUACCG